AUUAUUGCUACUUGGGUCGAUACCACCACCCUUUGACACGAACCGGUGUAACAUGUUAAUGUUUGUCGGUGAGCCAGCCCUCAAAUUGCCUUUUGUCUUCCUUCCUGACGGACCUAAAAUCAUCUGAUAAGCCGACAGCAGACGGUAAAGCCCGUUUUCCGCUCACAUGACGUGUCUUUUAUCGUCUUUUUUUUAAAUUAUGGCGGCUAAAAUGUUGUGUUGUUAGCUUCGCGGCUAGCCAGGAAGCUAACAUGCCAAGCACGGAGGAUGAGGAAACGAGCCCGCUCGUCGACGUCUCCCCGCCGGGGGAGAGAGCUCCGAACACCGCGCUGAGGAAGCUGCUCGGAUUUAAAGUUUACAAGAAAAGGUGGCUCGUCUUGUCGCUGAUUUGCCUGUUGAACUGCUCCAACGCCAUGCUAUGGCUGACCUUUGCACCAGUAGCAGACCUGUCUGCCCAGACCAUGAAAGUCUCCUUAAAUGCGAUCAACUGGUUGUCAGUGGUCUACGUAGUGGUGGCCAUUCCACUCAGCUUCGGGGCCACGUGGAUGCUGGACAUCGUCGGACUGCGGGCCACAAUCCUCCUGGGCUCCUGGUUAAAUAUGGGUGGGGCGGUGAUUCGCAUUUUGUGGUGUGUGCCGGCUCAAAACUCCUUUGCGGGUCGGAUCUCCUAUCCAUUGGUGUUUUUCGGUCAGACACUGGCAGCGGUGGCGCAGCCGCUCAUCAUCUUCACGCCCACCAAGAUGGCGGCGUUGUGGUUCCCCGAUCACCAGCGAGCCACGGCCAACAUGAUGGCCUCCAUGGCCAACCCGCUGGGCAUCCUCAUCGCCAACAUCGCAUCUCCCAAGCUCGCUCGCACGGCAAAACAACUCCCAAUUUUGCUGUUGGUCUAUGCCAUUAUUGCCUGCGUCAGCUGUUUCCUAGUCACGGUGUUUAUGCGGCGCAGUGCUCCCCCGACGCCGCCAUCGGCCAGCGCAGAACUUUCCACCUCGGAACCCUUCAGACAUGGCUUCAAACUGCUGCUGAGGAACCGAGCGUACCUGCUGCUGCUGCUGUGCUUUGGCUCGGGCGUGGCCGUGUUCACCUGCUUUUCCACGCUGCUGGACCAGAUCCUGUGUGUGCAGGGCUACACCAACGAUUUUGCGGGUCUGUGCGGCGCGCUCUUCAUCGCGUUCGGCAUCGUGGGCGCCGCCCUGCUGGGGCUUUACGUUGACAAAACCAAGAAGUUCAUUGAGGCCAUCAAAGUCAACAUGAGCCUCUCUGCCAUGGUGGCCUGCGCCUUCACUGUGGUGUGUCUGAUGCAAGAUCAGAAGGUGGCCGUGGCGAUUGUUUGCGCUCUUUUUGGCUUCUUCGGUUUCUCCAUCUACCCGGCCGUGAUGGAGUUGACUGUGGAAUGUUCCUACCCUGUGGGAGAAGCCACCUCCACCGGACUGGUCUUCAUAUCAGGACAAGUUCAGUCGCUGAUUUACAUCAUCCUGCUUCAAGCUUUGACAACACCCGUCGCAGAGUCGCCUCGCUCAACCUGCACGCUCGCCCCUCAGAGCUGGAAAGUUCCUGUGAUGCUGCUGUCCACACUGUGCGCCGUGUCCUCCUGCAUCUUCCUCAUCUUCUUCCACACGCCAUACAGGCGCCUGGAGGCCGAAAAAGCCGCCAUCUACGGGACCGGCCAAGGCAACGGAACCGCCGCCAGCGAGAACAAGUGAUCCGGCCGAGUAACGUUCUCAUAACAAAAUAACCAACAAGCAUUUUGUCCUUUAUUAUGGGUUUUUUUUACUCGUGCCAAAGAGGAAGUAACCACUUUUAUGGAGGUUCAUUUGUAUCUUCAUUACGAAAGUUUUAAGUUUUUGUACAUCAAAUUAUGCUGACAGAUGAGUACCGUUACUUUAAAAUAUGACUCAAGUAAAAAGUAGUCAUCAAAAUAAUUACUUCCCUCCUUCCAUUUUCUACCGCUUGUCCCUUUUGGGGUCGCGGGGGGUGCUGGAGCCUAUCUCAGCUGCAUUCGGGCGGAAGGCGGGGUAAGUUAAAUAAGUAUUGUGUGAAAAAACUACUCAAGUAUUUAGUAACUUGCGAGUAACUUCUGAUUUACUCAAUAGCUGUUUUUGUAAUGGUUCUUGGACUACAAUUGUAGUUGGUGUGUGUGUAAAAUAUAAAAAUGACAGUUUAUUGCAGGGGUCACCAACCUUUUUGAAACCAAGAGCUACUUCUUGGGUACUGAUUAAUGCGAAGGGCUACCAGUUAGAUACACACUUAAAUAAAUUGCCAGAAGUAGCCAAUUUGCUCAAUUUAGCUUUAACUCUGUUAUUAUUAAUAAUUAAUGAUAUUUAUCUUUGUGGAAACACUGAUCAUCUUAAUGAUUUCUCACAAUAAAUAUAUAUAGAAACAGAUAAAUAUCAAUAUGCAACACUUUAUUUUUAUAUUUUCUCUAAGUGCACAUUUUUCAAAUUGAACUUUUUCAAAUGAUCACUUCUAAGACAGUCUUGUGAAAUCACAAUAUCCCAUUUUAACUAGCUAGCCACUAACAUUUUUUAACAAAUCAUGAAUUACUUUGCACCAUGUUUGUACAAAUAUUAACUCAUGUAAAAUACAAAAGUUUUAAAUAGAUCAUGUCACACUUUGAACUGGACACCAAAUCUGUUAUCUGUUUCUUUGUCAGUUAGUGAAGACCAAGUCUUUAAAAUAUUUUCUUAGAUUUUCUAAUUCUAUUUGAGUUUUGUCUCUCUUAGAAUUAAAAAUGUCGAGCAAAGCGAGACCAGCUUGCUAGUAAAUAAAUAAAAUUUAAAAAAUAGAGGCAGCUCACUGGUAAGUGCUGCUAUUUGAGCUAAUUUUAGAACAGGUCAGCGGGCUACUCAUCUGGUCCUUACGGGCGACCUGGUGCCCGCGGGCACCGCGUUGGUGACCCCUGGUUUUUUGCAACAUGUUUUCUCCAGUUGGAAUUCUUGUAGGCUGAAAUGUGAACAUUUCUACUGACACACAUGACAGCACAUGAUAUAAAUGCUCUUUUUACCCGUUUGAAAGUAAUCAUUGAGGAUUUUUUGCUGCCGUGUCUGACAUCAUGUCACUUUUUACAGUCAGUAUGUUUCUAUCUACUAAGAUUUUUUAAAUAAUUCAGUUUGUUCUAUUUUCACACCAGCAUGUGGAGUUGGACUUUCCAUGAUCUUACCUCUAAUGCAGGUCUGGGCAAUUAUUUUGACUCGGGGGGCCAAAUUUAAAGAAAGAAAUGUGUCUGGGGGCCGGUAGCUACAAAACCUCACAAUAAUGUCUGAUUGAAUGCUAAAAACGUUAUGACAGACCACCUUAAAAAACGGAAUGGAAUUUUUUUUUUUUUUUUUUUUUUACUGAAUAAAACAUCCAGAAUGUACAUGAAAAUAAAGAAUGUGGGAUAUACAGUAUUAACUAUGACCAAUAAAACACUGAAUAUUGACAACA